CCAUCGGAGACGUACUUUACGAAUUAAUUAAGUAUUUUAUCGUUAGAUAGCGUUGUCGUUCACAAAUCUUUAGUUCUGCUUCCUGUGUUAUUACUGGCGCUACAAUUUCAUUCCGUUAAGUUCCUGAUAACAUUCUUCGUAACAAAAAUGGUAAGCAACAUGGACGAAAAGUAUUUAAUAGUUGUUAAAUCUAUGAUACGACUCGUUAGCGUUAAAAGAUAAUGCGAUAUCGUAGUAGACGAAAAAUAUACGUUUAAUAUACUAUCGAGGUGUCGUUACGUCGUUAUAUUAAUAAGAAACAAACAAAACCAUUUUUUCUACAUAAUGGCGAAUGAUCGAGAAGUUUUAAGGGAAAUUUGGGAUGGUAAAAUUCCCGUUUGUUUUACGCUCGAUACCGAGGAAACGUGCGAAUUACAAGGUCCUGAUCCGUUUUAUCUUAUGGUGCCUAAAUUAAGUUAUUUUCCAGUGUGCACAGAAAAGGUGAGAAAACAUUUUAUAAAACAUAUAGAAAGCGAUAGCAAACAGGAUCACGAAAUGUGGUUAGAAUUUAAUGGAAUUCCAUUAAAGUGGCACUAUCCUAUUGGUGUAUUAUUAGAUAUAUAUUCUAAUGAUAUUCAAUUACCAUGGAAUAUCGUCGUUCACUUUGAUAAAUUCCCAGAAAACGUUUUAAUGCAUUGUCAGAACAAAGAAGUAGUAGAAUCACAUUUUCUUGCUUGCGUUAAAGAGGCAGACGUUUUAAAACAUAGAGGACAGAUUGUAUCGGCUAUGCAAAAAAAGGAACACAGUAGUUUGUGGAAUGGAUUAAUUACGGACAAAUUCGAUCAAUUUUGGUCUAUUAAUCGAAGAUUAAUGGAAGCAGCUAAUAGCGAAGAAGGAUUCAAGUAUAUUCCUUUCCGAUGUUACACAAGCGAAGAUAAAUAUAUUCAAAAACUUGUUAAACCGGUGAAUGAAGAAGGCCAAAGGAAAACAUUGAAGCAUUUAUUGAACGAAGUAUUUCCAGAUCAAGAAAAUGUUGAAGUGCGUACUCAUGGAAUUAUACCACCACCAGAGACACCAUUGCAAUGGAUGUCAGAACAUUUAAGCUAUCCUGAUAAUUUUCUUCAUUUAGUUGUGACUUCCUCAUAACCUACAUUGAGGGGAUGUGAUAAACUUUAAUUUUAGUGUUAUUAUUUAAUGUUGCUAGUGAUUAUUUAUGAGAGAUUCUUGUAUCAUGGAUCAUCUGUAUACAAAUUAUAUUUUAUUUUUUAUUUA